AUGUGCAACUUAAGGCCUGCAUUUUGGAUCGGUGGGCCUCUGCAAAUGUGUGGGACAUUCUCUUAUGUACGAUCGAGUGAAAUGCACCGUCGUGCUUCAACUCUUUCGCCGAGAAAGCAAGAUCGAGUUGACAAAGGAGGUGAUCCUGAACUUAUACGUUCUAGUGAGAUCAAAAGAUUCAGAGGAACUAAGCGCGUUGACUUGGUGCUCGAAGCUGAUGAGAAUUGGCGGAAAGCACGUUUUAGAGCUGACAAUUUGAAUAAGUUGAAAAAUUUAUGUAGCAAGACAGUUGCAAAAAGAAUUCAAGAAAAAAAUAACAGCCCUGACUGUGAACCUAAUGUAUUUGAUGAACUAUCGACUCGUUUGGACUCGUUAGUUGAAGCUGACUUAGUGCCUCUAAGUGUAUCACAGUUAAAGUCUUUAUCAUGCCUAAUCGAUGAGGAAAUAAAAAGCAACGGAGCUUUAGUAGUUGAGUAUGAAUCUAUAAGACAACAGCACUUGUAUGAGAUAGGUAAUCUGUUGCACCCAGAUGUACCGAUAAGCAAAGAUGAAGAAGACAACUUGGUUAUUCGACUUUCGGAAAAAGUGACUUUCUGA